AGGCUCUGCUCGACGUUGGUAGUGAUAGUGUGAAAUUGUGGAAGUAUAAAUAUGCGUAUUUUUUGGUUUUCCUUCUAGAAGUACCAGAAGCGAAUUUAGGGACAUAAUUCCUUUACUUCUCUCGCAGCUCCGUUUUGAAGUAAGACGAUUCUUCAAAAUAAGUCGACGUCUUUUCAUAUUUUUGCACUAACAACUACGACCUACGAAAAAUAAAAUGCGACCUCUAUCCGAAGAAGAGCUGAAGCUCUUCCUGGAGAAGGUGUCUCGGUACAUCGGAAAUGGCGUCAGGCAACUAGUCGAAAGAAGUGACGAACCACACGUUUUCCGGCUGCAUAACCAACGGGUGUACUACGUGGGCGAAAGUUUGUUGAAGAAAGGUAUUGGAUUUUUACAGAAACUACUACUAAGUACAUCUACAGUCCGUCGUGCUUAUCGUCAGUCUUGCCAAUAAUUUUCCAUCUUUGCAAAUGUCCAGCAUGCUUAGUUGCAUUCACAAAAGAAAAUAAAAACCCAAAAACAUCACUACAACAGCCGGUUGCGUCGCAAGGAAAAACCUGGCUUCUCUUGGUGUCUGUUUCGGAAAGUUUACCCACUCCGGCAAAUUUCACCUGCAAAUUACCUGCUUGGAUUUCCUCGCCCGACUGGCGAAGUACAAAGUGUGGCUCAAGCCCGGCGGGGAGCAGCACUUCCUUUACGGCAACCACGUCGUGAAAGCGCACCUGAGAAGGAUCACGGAGGACGUCCCCAGAAACGCGGGCGUGGUAAUUUUCAGCGAACAGGGGGACCUGCCGAUCGGGUUUGGGACCGCCGCGAAAUCCACGGCGGAGUGUCGGGAAGCACCCACGGAGGCGAUCGUGGUGUACCACCAGUCAGACAUCGGGGAAUAUUUGAGGGAGGAAAGCAACUUGCUGUAAAGGGAAAGAGUCUGAUGCUGGUGGUGGAAGUGAAAAUCUACUACAUGUCAAACGACAGAGCGAUCGAAGAGAAUCUUCAUGGGAAAUAGAACGUUCCAGGGCCGCCCGCGAAAAUAAAUUUGACGUGUAGAUGAAGAUGACCAGCUACGACCACUGACACUUUGACUUCAGUGAUUGCGGUGCAUGCAAAAAUGACAUUCGAAAUAUGUAUCGAAAAAGACACAACAAGAACUGUACAAGAAUCGGCGAUCUCAAUCUCGAGAUCGUCGACAUCGAU